AUGCUACAACGCGACGCACGCCUGACACCGCACGAGGCUUAUGCACUGUUCUUUGCCUGUAUAGAUACGCCUGGUGUAAGAUCUUCCUUUGUCCCGCUUUUGGUGCACCUCACAGAACAUCGUCAUGUUACAGCGCACCGUAUUCGUGUCCUACUGCGUACAUAUCAGCAAGACAAGGACCCAUGGCUCUACAGCAUGCUCGACGCUUUUGCGACGUAUGAGCCAGCCUUGUUAUUGCCUGUGGACCAAGUGCAGCGCAAACCGCACCAUGUCAAGGUCCAAGUCCCUUUGGCUCUCUGGGCCCAGGCUCUACCUUACUUGCUGCUGCCAGAUAUGGUCCCUGGCCUUGUUGGCGAACCGAAACGAUUGCGUUCGCAUGUGCCGCACAGAAUCCAGCUGGCUCUGCUGGUAGGUGUUGGCGGGAAAGAACCUUCUCUCGAGGAGGAAGUAGGUGCUCGGCUUGCUACCUCGUUGGGCCGCUUGCUUGCUGCCAAUGCCAUGUAUGCACAGCGCCACGACCCGCAUAUCCAUUGGGACACAAAUACCAUUCCGCCCUUUGAUGCUGCCGCUUUUGGAUGGCUGGAGCAAUUAUACCCCUACUGUGCAAGCUUGCAGACCGUUCCCCUACCACUUCUGCCGUUCAUCGCCCAUGUGAUUCAUAGUAUGGGCCAGGAUGCUGUGCGCUGUAUGACAUCCACUCUGCCCGUUGCACAGUGGGAACAUACAUGGCGCCCGACUAUGCGUGCACUUGUACGCUUGUAUGCAUGGAUGCCGCCCUUGGUAUGGACAGAUUUUUUCCCGCGGUUUCUGCAGCCGCUAUGCUACCUAGCAGCGUUGGAUGAUGUCUCAGAUUUGUUUUCUUCGCAAGUGUUCUAUGCCAUUGCACGUAUGAUACCCCAUUGGGCAGCGUACCAUGCCCCGGAACUCCAGGAGCUUGUGUUGUGUGCAUGGGAGCUUCAGGCGUCGCUCAUGCUAGGCGGUGAUCCCACACUGCCUGUCUACAUGGGCAUCCUGGAUGUCCAUCGCGCUAUGGCCCAAGCUCAAAUACCUGAUGUGACGGGCAAAACGUUCCCUUUCCCCUUCUUUUCGCUCGCAGCGCCUCCGGCUAUGGCUGGCUCUGUGGCCACGCUCGAUCGACUUUGUGAGCAUGUGUGUAUGUUGCGUGCGAGUGUCACAAAAGAGCACCAUGUGUUGGACGCUCGCCUGGUGGAUGAUAUGGCAACGGCCCUGGUAGACAUGCUAUGGAGUGGACGGGCCUUUGCUCAAUGCUUGCAGCGUGGUGUGGUGAUAGAUGGCAUGGUUGCGUGCGAUCGGAGUGCAGUAGCUGUCUGGAAGCAGACCUGCGAUGCCUUCCGCAUUGUUCCGUUUGUGCUUGUGGCGUCGUUAUCGCACGGGCCUUGGCUGGCCCCCCUCUUCGAGCAGUACUGUCAUGAAGCAUUGCUGCCAGGGUACAAUAUCCGAGCGCCAAUCACGCCUUCUGCACUGCGUGGGGCUCGAGGGGCAGGCUUGCCUAUGGACUGGCAAUACACCGACGUUCGUCGGCAUUUCCUUGCAUGGCUAGGGCAGCAAGGAGCGCCGUACAUAGAGCGGCUCCUCCAAGCCCUUGUCCCCUCGUUGCAAACGGCGUCUGUUCGUAUUCUACAAUAA